AUGUCUCUCAAGGCCGGUGACAGCUUCCCCCAGGACGUGACCUUCUCCUACAUCCCCUGGUCCGAAGAUUCCAGCGAGAUCACCUCCUGCGGUAUCCCCAUCAACUACUUCGCCUCCAAGGAGUGGGCCGACAAGAAGGUCAUCCUCUUCGCUCUUCCCGGUGCCUUCACCCCCGUUUGCUCUGCCAACCACGUCCCCGAGUACAUCCAGAAGCUCCCCGAGCUCCGCGCCAAGGGUGUCGAUGUUGUCGCCGUCCUGGCCUACAACGAUGCCUACGUCAUGAGCGCCUGGGGCAAGGCCAACGGUGUCACCGGUGAUGACAUUCUCUUCCUCUCCGACCCCGAGGCCAAGUUCUCCAAGAGCAUCGGCUGGGCUGACGCCGAGGGCCGUACCUACCGCUACGCCAUCGUCAUCGACCACGGCAAGGUCACCUACGCCGCCAAGGAGGCUGCCAAGAACGUCUUGGAGGUUACCUCCGCCGACCACGUUUACAAGCAGCUGUAA